AUGGCUCCGUUGACCCUUUUGCAGUUACAUAAGCAUGAAAAAUAUGAUGAAGAAGUUGGCUGUGGAAUUGAUGAGCCUGUCUUCAUAGUAAAUUUUACGAACAAGGAGCUUCACAUAGCAAACAAUGUUGUCAGGGUUCACAAAGCUGUAAUGGAAAAUCUUAGGAUUCAUGUAGAUGCGGAUGAAGUUGAUGCUUCACAUGUAUCACCAUGUGACAUUGUUGCUGUCAUUCAUCCUGCUACUUAUAAAUCUGGGAUUGCGUGUGAAGAAUUAGAUCAAAAAUAUGAGAUGAAAGAUAACUUUGAGAUGUCAUUAUCAGUUACAUUUUCUGAAAAUGGAAAUGGAAAUGAAAACAAUAUCUAUUCAAGAUGUGCAAAGAUUGGAAGAAAAAAAGAGUUUGAUGCAGCCCUAAGAGAACUUAGAGAGAAGGAUGCUGAUAUAUCUGAGGAGGUAGAUGAAAUCCAGUGUACAAAAGAACCUCAUCGCCUUGUGGACUGUGAAACUGUGUCCAAGUGGAUUAUGAAGAAAAGUGCAGAGUCUGAAAAUAUGAAUUUGUAA